CAUGAGCUGAAAUAAAAGAUCCCAGAAAAGUUCCAUGUAAACAAAAAGCUUAUUUCUCUCAAAAUCCAUAUGCAGGCCUUACCCAAAGCCAUAUAUACAGGCCUUACCCAAAGCCAUAUAUACAGGCCUUACCCAAAGCCAUAUAUACAGGCCUUACCCAAAGCCAUAUACACAGGCCUUACCCAAAGCCAUAUAUACAGGCCUUACCCAAAGCCAUACACAGGCCUUACCCAAAGCCAUAUACAGGCCUUACCCAAAGCCAUAUACACAGGCCUUACCCAAAGCCAUAUACACGGGCCUUACCCAAAGCCAUAUACACGGGCCUUACCCAAAGCCAUAUACACAGGCCUUACCCAAAGCCAUAUAUACAGGCCUUACCCAAAGCCAUAUACAGGCCUUACCCAAAGCCAUAUACACAGGCCUUACCCAAAGCCAUAUAUACAGGCCUUACCCAAAGCCAUAUACAGGCCUUACCCAAAGCCAUAUAUACAGGCCUUACCCAAAGCCAUAUACACAGGCCUUACCCAAAGCCAUAUAUACAGGCCUUACCCAAAGCCAUACACAGGCCUUACCCAAAGCCAUAUACAGGCCUUACCCAAAGCCAUAUACACAGGCCUUACCCAAAGCCAUAUACACAGGCCUUACCCAAAGCCAUACACAGGCCUUACCCAAAGCCAUAUACACAGGCCUUACCCAAAGCCAUAUACACAGGCCUUACCCAAAGCCAUAUACACAGGCCUUACCCAAAGCCAUAUACACAGGCCUUACCCAAAGCCAUAUACACAGGCCUUACCCAAAGCCAUAUACACAGGCCUUACCCAAAGCCAUACACAGGCCUUACCCAAAGCCAUAUACACAGGCCUUACCCAAAGCCAUAUACACAGGCCUUACCCAAAGCCAUAUAUACAGGCCUUACCCAAAGCCAUAUACACAGGCCUUACCCAAAGCCAUAUACACAGGCCUUACCCAAAGCCAUAUACACAGGCCUUACCCAAAGCCAUACACAGGCCUUACCCAAAGCCAUAUACACAGGCCUUACCCAAAGCCAUAUACACAGGCCUUACCCAAAGCCAUAUACACAGGCCUUACCCAAAGCCAUACACAGGCCUUACCCAAAGCCAUAUACACAGGCCUUACCCAAAGCCAUAUACACAGGCCUUACCCAAAGCCAUAUACACAGGCCUUACCCAAAGCCAUAUACAGGCCUUACCCAAAGCCAUAUAUACAGGCCUUACCCAAAGCCAUAUACACAGGCCUUACCCAAAGCCAUAUACACAGGCCUUACCCAAAGCCAUAUACACAGGCCUUACCCAAAGCCAUAUAUACAGGCCUUACCCAAAGCCAUACACAGGCCUUACCCAAAGCCAUACACAGGCCUUACCCAAAGCCAUAUACACAGGCCUUACCCAAAGCCAUAUACACAGGCCUUACCCAAAGCCAUAUACACAGGCCUUACCGAUCUUGGUUUUUAGUCUGUUUAUUUCUCUAUUUUUGUCAACUGUCAAACGUACCAAAAUGAGACUUGCAACUACAAGAAAAUACAGAGAUUUACUGUACCUUUUUCUCUUCAUGGGCUCUGCUCCAUCGUCUCUAUGAUGUAAUCUAACAGUGUGGAUGAGAUACUGUCUGACAGAAGUACUUUUCCUCAUAUAAAGGAUGCUGCUGAAACAAGCAACUUGUCAUUUAAAAAAAGCAACGUCAGUAAAUGUCUUGAGUUCAGUACCUGUUUUAUUCCGUUAUAACAUGGCCAUAGAGCUUAAUAACAUGGUCAUAGAGCUUAAUAACAUGGUCAUAUUAUAUACCCUUAUAACAUGGUCGUAACAUGGUCAUAAUAUGGGUUGUACAUUCCAAGCCAGCUGUAAAAACAUCAUGUAAAUGUCUAAUAGUUGUUGGCUUCAUUUCUCAAAUAUGUGUGAGUAAAUGGAUUCAAGUUGUUCCUGAAUGAAUAAUUCUGACAAAUUAGUGUUGGUCGCUUAAUCCGACAUACUUGAUUUCCCUCAUACUUGAUCCCACAUCGUUACAAGGCUGUAAUAUGAACUCUAGUCACCAGAAAUGUAGAUUUUAGAUUCAAGCUAAUAUUAAUAAGCAUUUAUAAGUUACUUUGAAGCAAUUAUCUAAUGAAUGUUUAAUAAACAAUGCUAAUAAUACAACUAAAUGCACAGGAAGUAGAUUAUUUACAGAGGAAAAAGGCACAGUGAUGACCGAUUGGUCACAGAGAUCAGCUGGUCUGCAGCUUGGCAACAGGCAAGUGGUGUGUAUAUAUUGUCAUCCUCUCUCGCUUUCAAAUUAGGACAUUCAUGCAGAUUCUUCAUCCACAACAAUGGGAAGACCGGCUUCAUUUCCCUGACUAGGGGCUAAAAUGCAAGCGAGGAAAAUCAUAUUAGAAUGGCUGGACAUUCACGAAAUAUGAGGCAACAAGUUCACUUUGUAUUUCAUGUAAAUAACCCUUCUCACCUCGUUGCAGUUGUAUCGGCCUCUGCUGUGACCUCAGCUGCUUUUCAGGAGCAAGAACAAACACAAAACAGUCAUCAACCUACAUUCACUAAUCGUUAUGUAUUGUGAAAAAAGUGUUAAGAGGCCUGGAAGGGUAAUCCUGAAAUAAAUCCUGAACUACAAAA